UUUGUGGCCUCUAGCUUUGCGCUGACCUCAGUGUGGCUUCAUGUUUACGGAAGAGAGGGCGGAUGACAGGCUGGGCUUCUUUUUCACCUUCUUCUUCGUUCAUCCUCAUCCCCACCUAACGUAACAUUUGAAAGGUUUUUAUUUAUUUUUUUAAAAUUUAUUUCUGGCCUCGUCCGCCGCGAUGUGGGACCACGAGAUCAAAGCCAUGGCGUCGUCGCACGCGCUCAUCGCCUCCUCGCUGUUCCUGGCCACCGUCGUACCUGCGGUGCUCGUGCAGGGCUUCUCGGUGUACGGCACGCACCUGCUGUGGCUCUACUCGGUGUCCGGCACCGUGAGUCUCGUCAACAUCUCCGUCUUCUGGCUGCUGGGCGUCAGUCCGCCCACCAAGAAGCACAGCCUCGGCUACAAGCUGUCGAGGUUGUUCCGCUCCUGUAUCUACUUCCUGCUGUCCUGCCUGUUCUACCACACUGUGGUGGUUCUCUAUGGAGCGCCACUGAUCGAGUCAGCCCUCGAGACAUUCUCCCUAGCUGUGCUGCUGACGUCUUUAACCACACUGAGGUGUCUCUGUGUCCUCGGUCCCAACGUCCAGGCCUGGAUACGAGUGUUCAGCCGCCAUGGGGCUAUGUCAGUGUGGGACACUUCUCUACAGAUUACAGUUGCCUGCACAGUGGUAGGCGCCUGGGUGGGAGCCUUCCCUAUACCUCUGGACUGGGACAGGCCUUGGCAGGUGUGGCCUGUUUCCUGCAGCCUGGGCUCUGUGAUCGGCUUCCUGACCGGGCUUGUCGCUGCUCCUGCGUGGAUCCACUACCAUCGCAAACAACUCACUUACAAGUGCAAGUGAUGGACAGCAGUGUGUAUGUGUGCGUGGGUGUGUUGGUAUGACUGUAACAUCAAGGCUAUGUCUUGUACUCCUGCAUAUAUUCCUUUGACUUUUUACUGAUUAUUUAUUGGGAGCAUUUAAGUCCCUUUGCCUGCCAAUAAGAGAGAUGAUUUUCUAAUAACACAAGAACUUUGAGCAAUAUUAUUUUGUACGCAUGAAGGCUGAAGAUGUUCCUGAAACUUUUCAACACAAAUAAAAGUGUUAGUUCUGUAA